AUGGUUCAGGACGAGACCAAUUCACCGAAUACUCGCACGGCUUUCAGUGAUAUGGUCAGUACUGCGGCCAAUCGAGCGAAGUUCAUCUCUGCUCUUCUGAGGUUCAUGAAAACGUACGGUUUUGAUGGUGCCGAUCUUGACUGGGAGUAUCCCGGUGCUGAGGACCGUGGAGGCAAAGUUGAAGAUACUGCAAACCUGGUUUUACUUCUGAAAGAGAUGCGGGCGGCUUUCCAGGGCCAAUACGGCCUAAGUGCUACCCUCCCUGCAAGCUUUUGGUAUCUACGCUGGUUUGAUGUUAACCAAAUGCAGCAUUAUUUGGAUUGGUUUAACGUAAUGACGUAUGAUAUCCACGGUGUUUGGGAUGCAUCAAGCAAGUUCUCAGGGCCAUUUGUUCGACCACAUACAAACCUGACUGAAAUUGGAGAAGGGCUAGAUCUACUCUGGCGAGCCGGCGUUGAGCCUACCAAGGUUAUACUUGGCCUCGGCUGGUACGGCCGUUCAUUCACUCUAGAAGACAGUUCCUGUUCUAAACCAGGCUGUCGCUUCACCCAGGGGGGUGCUCCAGGACGGUGCACUAGGAACUCCGGAACUCUUUCCAAUGCUGAAAUCGUCGAGAUUAUUAACGAACACAAUCUUACCCCUAUAUAUGAUAAGAAGGCCGGUGUCAACUGGAUAACCUGGAAUAAUGACCAAUGGGUCAGCUAUGAUGACGAGAUAACUUUCGCCCAGAAAAUCAACUACGCCAACUCACUCUGCUUAGCAGGGACGAUGAUCUGGGCUAUUGACCUUGAUGACCUGAAUGGCACGACUAACUCCCAUACGAUUGGAACUGGGCUUGGUAAAUUCAACAUUCAUUUCACUGGAGGAGUGUUCUUUGACGGCGGUGAUGAUUCCUGGUCCGAAGACACUAUUGCCGAAGUACGGAAAUCGGCCUAUGUUUCGGACAGCUGUUAUACCUCAUUCUGCGGCGAGAGUUGUGCGGAAGGAUAUACCGCUUUUACUUACAUGCGUGGCCAGGUCGACGGCAUCAAAUUUAAUACGUCAUGCGCAGAUCGUGAUACGGUUCAAAGUCUAUGCUGUGUAUCAGUUAGUCUCCUUCCACUUUUUGCGAUUCAUAUUACCAUUCCGCAUAGAGAACUAAUUGAAGAAUCUAUUGUUAUAGGGCGGCAAUCCGGUAGGCUUUUAAUUCCGCCUCUCAACAGAAGCAACUAA